AUGGCUACCAUAAAUCCCGAUGAUCCCGGCCCGUCUCCCGGGACCGUCUCACCCGUGAGCCCGGCCUCAUCGACCGGGCAGAUUCCGCUGGAGCACCCUCCAAAGGCCAAAGGACGCCGGAAGCUGCUGCAGAGUCUCCAACGCAUUUCAUCAAGUCCAAGUCUAACCCGACGUGGGCGAGCGGCGUCUACCGGCUAUAGAAACGGAAAGGCUUCGCUGUCCUGCGUCUCACUCUCCCAAUCCCCAUACACCCCGUGUCUCGGGAAUGGCAGCUCGUCCCAACUCCAUGGUGGACUGGGAAUCCGCCCUGAAACCCCGGGUGCAGUGGGAUACGAUGCAGACAACCAGGAUGGAAACGCUCGGAUUCGCCUAGUCGGGUCUGAUUCUCCCAGUGGUGCCCAUGCGAGGAAGAUUGCAUUGCCAACUGACCUGAGACCCGGCUCCCGUGGUAUACCACUCGCAAGCGGUGCGCUGGACAGCACGUUUGUAAAAGAAGCCCCGAAGCCAAGGGGGGUUGACUUUUGGGGAAGCAUGCCUAGCGAGCUUAGAAUGCUCAUCUUCAGUUUCCUUACCCCCAAGGAAAUCAUCCGUUGCUCGGGUGUCUCUAAAUCGUGGAACAAAAUGUGCUAUGACGGACAACUAUGGUCUAAGGUUGAUACCACAGAGUACUACCGCGAUAUUCCCAGCGAUUCUCUCAUGAAAAUUCUCACGGCGGGCGGCCCGUUUGUUCGAGAUCUUAACCUUCGCGGUUGUAUCCAACUGCGCGACAAAUGGCAGAAAGAAGGGGAAAGGAUAACAGCCCUAUGUAGGAAUGUGGUCAACUUCUCACUGGAAGGAAGCCGCAUUGACAAGACUGCGAUUCAUUGCUUUCUUUUGCGCAACCAACGGCUGGAGUACAUCAAUGUAUCCGGUUUGGCUAGUGUGACGAACUCGGCUAUGAAGAUCAUUGCAAGGUCGUGUCAUCAACUCCGCAUCCUCAAUGUUUCUUGGUGUACUAGCGUUGAUACCUCCGGAUUGAGAAAAGUGGUGAAGGCUUGUCCUAAAUUAACGGAUCUUCGCGCGAGUGAAAUCCAAGGAUUCGACGAUGAGGAUUUUGCUCGGGAGCUUUUCAAUCGGAAUACUUUGGAACGGCUGAUUAUCAGCCGGACUGACAUUACUGAUCAGAGCUUGAAAACGCUCAUGCAUGGUCUCAAUCCGGAAUUCGACUUACUCGAGGACCGUCCAAUUGUCCCUCCUCGGCGGCUGAAGCACCUCGACAUCCACCAAUGCUCCGACCUGACAGAUUCAGGCGUCAUGAGUUUGGCCCACAACGUCCCGUACUUGGAAGGGCUGCAGCUGUCGCAGUGUACCGAGCUAUCUGACAAUUGCAUCGUGGCUGUCCUCGAGACAACCCCUCGCCUAACUCACCUGGAGCUCGAGGAUAUGGAAAGACUUACCAACAAGACUCUCAUCGAACUUGCCAAGUCCCCUUGUGCGCCAUUCCUCGAGCACCUCAACAUCAGUUAUUGUGAAGCUCUAGGUGACAUCGGAAUGCUCCAAGUGAUGAAGAACUGCCCGUCUCUCCGGUCAGUGGAGAUGGAUAAUACGCGGAUAUCCGACCUCACCUUAAUGGAAGCCAGCCUCCGCAUUCGCAAACGAGGAUAUGGCCAAACUCCUCCUCGGGUUGGCCUGCGCCUCGUGAUUUUUGACUGCGCCAAUGUUACCUGGGCUGGAGUCCGAGAGGUCCUCUCCAGUAACGCCUACGUUCCGCGCGUACGCAAGUCUUUCCAAGCAGUCUCCGUUGUAUCUCAGACAAUCACUUCAGGUUUAGAGUCUAGCUCUACCCCUAUGAUCACCUCCUCGAUUACACCUCCGCCGCAGCCCACCUUGUACCCCAACGAUAUCAUCCAGCUCAAGUGCUUUUACGGCUGGCAAAUGACUGUUGAUGAACAUACGAGGCGAGUCCUACGAGGCGGCCUUGCGGCUGCAAAUCGUCUGGAUCGAAAGUGGGCAGAUUACAUGAUAGCAACUGAGGAAGCUGGAGUUGCUGGAGCUGGUGCCAGAAGGCGCCGUCGUCGUGCGCGAGAAGCCGAGAGGAUUUACAACGAAGAUGACGAGGACGAGGAGUCUUACGGGAUUGGGGGUAUCGUACUUGGCGGCCGACGGAGGCGAGCACAAAGUGGAGGCAGCUGUGUAAUUAUGUGA